CGACAACUGCAAAAAUUUAAUAUCGUCAGAAAAAGGGUGCUAUUAUAUAAACGAUGUAGAUCACAGUGAAGUUAUCAGUCGAACAACAACCAUGAAGGAAAACAAAACCGAAUCCACAAAAUGUGUUCUAAAAUCUGCAUUCUACUACUGGCUUUCGUCGGUGCCAUAGCAGCUCAAAAUUAUCAUCAACAUGCAGAGGAGAAACAUGGUCCUGUGCACUACGACUUUCACUACGACAUUCAUGAUGACCAUACCGGUGAUAUGCAUGGGCGCAAGGAGGAACGUAAAGAUGACCAUACCCAGGGAGAGUACUACCUGAUUGAUGCUGAUGGUUACAAGCGAACGGUCACCUACCAGGUUGAUGGCAAGAGCGGAUUCAUCGCUCAGGUGCAUCGGGAACCAAUCAAGGGACACCAGCCAGCUCCGAAACCAGUUCAUAAGGUGUUAGCUGUCCCGGUACUACACUCUUAUCACCAUUAGUGCCAAUCUUCUCCUCCUGUACUGGACUAGCCAAAUUUA